UCUCUCUCUCUCUCUCUCUCUCUCUCACCCUCUCACCCUCCCUCUCUCUCUUCCUCUCUCCCUCUCUCUUAGUCGCUUAGUCGGGCAGAGGAGUCACCCACCACUGUGAACCCCGACCAGGGGGAACCUGCUCCAGGCUGUAGCUGCAGGCCCCCCACAUCACCCUCCAUGGCGCCACUGGCCCUGGUGGGGUUUGUGUUCCUCUUGGGGACGCCCCCAUGCUGGGGGGCAGCCACCCCGACCCCCUCUCUGCCGCCGCCGCCCCCCACGAAUGAGAGCGACGGCAGCACGGAAGGGGGGUGCCAGGGCUCCAACCGCUGCCAGCCCGGCGUCCUGCUGCCCGUGUGGGAGCCCGACGACCCUUCGCUGGGCGACAAGGCGGCGCGGGCAGUGGUCUACUUCGUGGCCAUGGUGUACAUGUUCCUGGGCGUGUCCAUCAUCGCCGACCGCUUCAUGGCGUCCAUCGAGGUCAUCACGUCCAAGGAGAAGGAGAUCACCAUCACCAAGGCCAAUGGCGAGACGAGCGUGGGCACGGUGCGCAUCUGGAACGAGACGGUGUCCAACCUGACGCUCAUGGCGCUGGGCUCGUCGGCGCCCGAGAUCCUGCUGUCGGUCAUCGAGGUGUGCGGCCACAACUUCCAGGCGGGCGAGCUGGGCCCGGGCACCAUCGUGGGCAGCGCGGCCUUCAACAUGUUCGUGGUCAUCGCCGUGUGCAUCUACGUCAUCCCGGCCGGCGAGAGCCGCAAGAUCAAGCACCUGCGCGUCUUCUUUGUCACGGCCUCCUGGAGCAUCUUCGCCUACGUGUGGCUCUACCUCAUCCUCGCCGUCUUCUCCCCCGGGGUGGUCCAGGUGUGGGAGGCACUGCUGACCCUUGUCUUCUUCCCGGUGUGCGUGGUGUUCGCCUGGAUGGCCGACAAGAGGCUACUCUUCUACAAGUAUGUGUACAAGCGCUAUCGCACUGACCCACGCAGUGGCAUCAUCAUAGGCGCCGAGGGCGACCCCCCGAAGAGCAUCGAGCUGGAUGGCACCUUUGUGGGUGCUGCAGAUGCAGCGGUGGGAGCACCGGGCGACAUGGGCUCCCUGGGCCCAGGCCCUGCCGAUGCCCGGGAGCUGGAUGCCAGCCGCCGUGAGGUCAUCCAAAUCCUCAAGGACCUCAAACAGAAGCACCCCGACAAGGACCUGGAGCAGCUGGUGGGCAUCGCCAACUACUACGCGCUGCUGCACCAGCAAAAGAGCCGUGCCUUCUACCGCAUCCAGGCCACACGUCUCAUGACCGGUGCAGGCAAUGUGUUGCGCAGACACGCGGCUGAUGCCUCACGCCGGGCAGGUCCUACAGACGAUGCGGCCGAGGACGAGGAUGAUGGUGCCAGCCACAUCUUCUUUGAGCCCAGCCUGUACCACUGCCUGGAGAACUGUGGCUCAGUGAUGCUGUCCGUGGCCUGCCAUGGCGGGGAGGGCAACAGCACGUUCUACGUGGACUACCGCACCGAGGAUGGCUCGGCCAAGGCUGGCUCGGACUAUGAGUACAGCGAGGGCACGCUGGUGUUCAAGCCGGGCGAGACGCAGAAGGAGCUGCGCAUCGGCAUCAUCGACGACGACAUCUUCGAGGAGGACGAGCACUUCUUCGUGCGGCUGCUGAACCUGCGCGUGGGCGACGCGCAGGGCAUGUUCGAGCCCGACGGCGGCGGGCGGCCCAAGGGCCGGCUGGUGGCGCCGCUGCUGGCCACGGUCACCAUCCUGGACGACGACCACGCGGGCAUCUUCUCCUUCCAGGACCGCCUGCUGCACGUGAGCGAGUGCAUGGGCACGGUGGACGUGCGCGUGGUGCGCAGCUCGGGCGCGCGCGGCACCGUGCGCCUGCCCUACCGCACGGUGGACGGCACGGCGCGCGGGGGCGGCGUGCACUACGAGGACGCGUGCGGCGAGCUCGAGUUCGGCGACGACGAGACCAUGAAAACUCUGCAGGUGAAGAUAGUGGAUGACGAGGAAUAUGAGAAAAAAGAUAAUUUCUUCAUCGAGCUGGGCCAGCCACAGUGGCUGAAGCGAGGGAUUUCAGCCCUGCUCCUCAAUCAAGUAGACGGAGGAGACCGAAAGCUGACCGCUGAGGAAGAGGAGGCUCGCCGUAUUGCUGAGAUGGGCAAACCCAUCCUGGGGGAGAACCGGCGGCUGGAGGUCAUCAUUGAGGAGUCCUAUGACUUCAAGAACACGGUGGACAAACUCAUCAAGAAAACCAACUUGGCUUUGGUGAUUGGGACCCACUCGUGGCGGGAGCAGUUUCUAGAAGCAAUUACGGUGAGCGCAGGGGACGAGGAGGAGGAAGAGGAUGGAACCCGGGAGGAGCGGCUGCCAUCCUGCUUUGACUAUGUCAUGCACUUCCUGACGGUGUUCUGGAAGGUUCUGUUCGCCUGCGUGCCCCCCACGGAGUACUGCCAUGGUUGGGCCUGCUUCGGCGUCUGCAUCCUGGUCAUCGGCCUGCUCACAGCCCUUAUCGGGGACCUGGCCUCCCACUUCGGCUGCACAGUUGGGCUCAAGGACUCAGUCAACGCCGUGGUGUUCGUGGCGCUGGGCACUUCUAUUCCGGACACGUUCGCCAGCAAGGUGGCAGCUCUUCAGGACCAGUGUGCCGACGCAUCCAUCGGCAACGUGACGGGCUCCAACGCUGUGAACGUGUUCCUGGGCCUGGGUGUAGCCUGGUCGGUGGCCGCCGUGUACUGGGCGGUGCAGGGUCGCCCGUUCCAGGUACGCACCGGCACGCUGGCCUUCUCCGUCACGCUCUUCACCGUCUUCGCCUUCGUGGGCAUCGGGGUGCUGCUGUACCGGCGCCGGCCGCACAUUGGGGGCGAGCUGGGUGGCCCCCGUGGGCCCAAGCUCGCCACCACCGCACUCUUCCUGGGCCUCUGGUUCCUCUACAUCCUCUUCGCCAGCCUCGAAGCCUAUUGCCACAUCCGCGGUUUCUAGGGCGCUCCCCAUCCUACCAUCCCACCCCAGUGGCUUUUGGGGCCCCCACACCGCGCACAUGCGCCACAGACUCAGCCUGAGGAUGAUGAAGGUGCCCCCCCUGCAGGGGUCACAGCCUCCUUUGCUCCUGGGGACCUAGUCCCUCACCGCAACCCGAUCCUUCUGAGAGGGACCCCAUCACCCUCACCCCGCUGCUGCCUUUCCUGGCAGAUUCUGUACCACAGAGUCCCUCCCCACAGAGCCCCAUAAGGGAGAUUAUUUUAGCUCUCUCCUUAGACACCCCACCUUGCUCUGUCCUCAACCCAUCCUCCUUUUUAUUUAAUUUUUUUUGCGGUGCCAGGGAUCAAACCCAGGGCCUCCCACAUGCAAAGCAUUGCCCUCUACUGCUGAGUUACACGCCCCUUUAAGGACCUCCUGCCACGGGAGGGGGUGCAAAAUAAGGGGAAACCUCCCCGUUUCCCCCUUUAGAAUUCAGCCAUCUCCAGUGGGGUCGGAGUGGGUUUUUCAGGAGUUGAUCUACCCCUCAACUCCCCCCACGCAAUGUCCCAGGUCUCGGCCCUUCCUCCAAGCCUCAGGGAGCUGGGAUGGGGCGCUGGAAAGAGGGGUCACGCCUCUGAUCUCUCCACUCCGGCCCUUGGGGGCGACUCAGGGCUUGGAAAAGAGAGAGAAGUUUGGGGUUUCCAGCGCUGAAGGGGGGCACCAUGUGAACCUGUAACUUCUCCCAUUCCAGCGCCUCCCACUACCUCUGAGAGCCGGGCCAUGCCUUGGAGGAGGAGGGACUGUGUGUGUACACGUGUGUAUAGUGUGCUUGGGGAGGGGGGACGCGGGAGGGUGCAUGUCUUGGGGAAAAGGGGGGACCGACUUUCCUUUGACGAGGGCAGCAGACUCCCCCAGCCAUGAGACUCGACUCUGGGGAGGAAGGAGCCAGGGAGAGCAGCCGACCUCCCACGACAAUCUAGAAGGUUAAUUCAUGCCCUCAGUGCCAGCCAAUCUGGGCAGGACCCUCGAAGAGAAGCUCGAGGUGUCCCAGAGGACCAACGCUACAAGCCAGCAAAUGCUGCCACA